UGACGUCAUGACGCACGCGCCUCUCCCUCGUCCUGUCGCGAGUGCGCCGUCACACAUUCUUGGGCUCGAGACACCGGGACACACCUCGUACACCUCCGCCAUGUCUGACUUCUCGGAAGACCAGAUCUUAGAGUUCAAGGAGGCCUUCCUGCUGUUCGACAGAACAGGCGAUGGAAAGAUCAGCUACAGCCAGUGUGGCGACGUCAUGCGGGCUUUGAGCCAGAACCCCAUCAACGCGGACGUGCUCAAAGUGCUGGGAAACCCGAAAGCGGAAGAGAUGAACCACAAGAUGCUGGACUUUGAGCAGUUCUUGCCCAUGUUCCAAGCCAUCGCCAAGAACAAGGACCAGGGCUCUAUGGAGGACUUUGUGGAGGGUCUGCGCGUUUUCGACAAGGAGGGCAACGGCACGGUCAUGGGAGCAGAGCUGCGUCACGUCCUCACCACGCUCGGUGAGAAGAUGACGGAGGAGGAGGUGGAGACACUGCUGGCCGGACACGAAGACGCCAAUGGCUGCAUCAACUACGAAGCGUUUGUCCGCCACAUCAUGUCUGCCUGAGGUUGGAGCUGGUGAGGAUGGUGAUGAACGGGUGAAGAUGAAGAGUGACGCUCCGACACACGCAGCUCCUCCAGACUUGCAUUUGUUUUCUCUCACGGUUAAUUUAAGAAGUGCCUUUUCCUCUCUUUCCCGGUACAGACCACACACGCACACGCACACACACACACGCAUCUCUUGAGUCCUCAGCUCCUGUAGAUGUACAUUCCAUGAUCGAGUAUGAGGGAUCCUGAAGUCUCUUGACUGUCGGCUCCUGCAUCGUUUGCUGAGGUGUUGCAGGGAAGCAGGCGGAUGUAAAAAAAAAAAAAAAGCCAUAAAUCAUGGGAGAGCGUUUUCAAAAGGAUGUCCUGUUUUCAGAGCUCCCUCUUCCACCCGGCUCUUGUUGAUGCUUCAAUAAAGUCUUUCCUGAGAACCUG